AGUAGGCCACCAUGACACCGCGCGCGCUGCUGCUGCUGUUCCUGAUGUGGCUGCAGCUGCGCGCGCGCACUGCCGUGCCACCGAUUUGACUGGAAGAAUCGAGCACGAAGCGGGGAAAGGAGGAGGAGAAGAAGGAGAGAGAGAGAGAGAAAGAGAGAGAGACUGCUCGCGGACGUGGCGGCUCCGGGGCUGAGCGACGAGCUCGCGCGCGCGACAGAGAGAGAGAGAGAGAGAAAGAGAGGGAAAGCAAUGCACCGGGGAAACUGCAGGGUCCAGAAUCAGGGAAGAGAUCAGCAGUGCUGGCAUUAGGUAGACUGCUAAGGGACGAAUCUGGCUGAUGAUGGCUGAGUUGGAGACGGAGUGUAUCGCAUUGGGCCUGAACGCUCUGGCCUCGGAGUGUAUGUCGCCUGCUCUGGAGCCGCUGCGUGCCGAGUGUGUGACGCCGACACUAGCCAUGCUGAACACGCUUAGCUCAGAGAUCACUGAGCCAACGGCCAUGCUGCCAUGUGUAAAGAGCGACCCGGACCUGGAGCUGGUACCGAUCCGCACUGUGGACGUGUCCCAAAUCCAGCCACUGAGCACUGCGGAGCUGGGAUCAGAACAUGUCAGGAUGGAGAUCAGUGGCCUGGAAUACAUCAAGUCGGAUCUGCACUCAUUCCAUGGCUCCGAGUUGGACUCGUAUAAGCCGAAUUAUGAUGCCUUUGACUACGUGUCACAUGACAACCUGGACUACAUCAAAUCGGAUCAGAGUUCUGACCUGCAGUGUUACUAUGCAAUGGAACUUGAGGCUAGCCGGUACGAAUAUGACUCAACACUCGCGUCCGAGAAGUCUGAAACAUCGGACACGAUGGAGUCAAACAUUCUUGAGUCCAUCCGAAUGGCGGAGCUCCGCACUGAGCUCAAUAAGCUCCGCCCUGACGCUGUUAUUGAAUUUUCGUCCGCUCACAUGUACGACAUGCAGUCAGCAAAUGCAAACACAAACACCACAAACCCAGACACUGCGAAAGCAAAAACACAACCACGCAAACCUCGCAACUUGACAGGCGAAAAGCCAUUCUCCUGCACGCAAUGCGGAAAGAACUUCAGCACUCUGGGAAAUCUGAAGACACACCAGCGAAUCCACACAGGCGAGCGCCCGUACUCCUGCUCACAAUGUGGCAAGAGCUUCGGCCAAGCGGGCAACCUGAAGCGGCACCAACUGAUACACACGGGCCAGAAGCCUUACAACUGCAGCUUCUGCCCCAAAGGCUUCACCAAGGCAGAUGACCUGCGCUCACACCAGCGCAUCCACACGGGCGAGAAGCCGUUCACCUGCGAUGAGUGUGGAAAGGCCUUUUUCCACUCCAAGGAACUCAAGACACACCGCCUGGUCCACACGGGUGAGCGGCCAUUCUCCUGCCAGCACUGUGGCAAAGCGUUCACGAAGGAGAUGAGCUUCCGCAACCACCAGCAGAGCCACACAGGCGAGAAGCCGUACCAGUGUGUACAGUGCGGAAAGAGCUUUGGGAACUCGGGUGUACUCAAGACUCAUGAGAAGAUCCACACUGGGGAGAAGCCGUUUCAGUGCACGCAGUGUGGCAAGAGCUUCGGCCGCCUCGGACACUUAAAGGCGCACCAGCAGAUCCACACGGGUGAGAAGCCGUACGCAUGCUCACAGUGUGGCAAGUGCUUCAGCCAAUCGGGUCACCUCAAAGCACAUGAACAGAUCCACAAACGAGAGAAAGCGCAAUAACGAAGAACAAGUGCAGCUAAAACCUAAUGGAGCACAGAAGAUAAAACAAAAUGUUAAUGUUUGUAAUAAUAAUAUGAUAUUUACAUAUAUACACAUAAUUAUUUAAUUUACUUAUUUACAAAUGGCUAAUGGAUACAAAUGGUUUUAUUCAUCAUAUGUUUACCUGUCAGAGGUGGGAUCAGCUGUGAUCAGCAGUAGAGGCGGUAUGAGCACAGUCCGAUAGUCUCAGUAUGAGGGAGGAGCCGUGUUUUAUUUGUAGUUGCCCAGUGGACCGGACUGGUGGAGGUCACUGGCUCGUACCAUCCAGCAAGACGAGAAAAGAAAACUCUUUUAAGCAUUUUUUAUUUGUUUUGUUUAAACAGUUCUUUCAGUUCUUGGUACUGCGAACCACCUCAGUGCUGUAACUGUAGCUUGUUACUCAUUCCCAAGUCCUGGGGGCUAUGGAUAUAUUCUGGUCCUUUGAAGGUCCUGCUACCAGUUAUUUCGAUACCUCAUGUUUCAACACAAAGUGUUGAGCAGAACUAAAGACAUGGCCAUGUGUGAAUAGAGAACAUCAUGGGCCAUAGUGGGCUACAAUGUUAGCGACAGAUUCACUGUCAUUUUGUCAAAGACAUAAACACACAGAGACAUAAAUUGCCCAAGAAAUCAAGAACUUGCUCAUUACCUCUGUGGGGUAAUGGUACAUCCCAACGCACAUCCUUCAUCAGUAUUAGUGCCAAGUUAAUUAGGUUCCUGUGGAACCACAGGCACAUUGGAGCUGUCACUCUGCCAGUGGGUUAACGAGCAGAUUAAUGGUUUGUCCGUUUAAUCAAAUACAUUUUAGAUCAGUUAAACUCCAGCAUGGGAUUUGUCCAGGAACUGAUCUCUGAUUGGUUCCUUUGGUAUUAUGGGUGGAUUCAGUUCUUUGGGCACAAAUGUGACAGUAGUUGAUCAGUUCCUCUGUUGACUUCUCAGGCUGUUGAAAUGACAACAGUGCACAGUUCCAGGACCAAAAUAUUCUGUCUCAGCACAUGAUGUUUGCCAUCAAGGUUUCAGAACCAAAGGGAAUCCUGUCAUGAGGGAACCUUGUUAUUCACGAACCUUCCUGACAGCAGGUGAGGUGGAACUCAGAACCAGACUGUCUUUGCUUUGAGCCUAAUUCAGUAACAUGAGCUGACAUUAGUAUAGCUAUAUUAGCAAAUCUUAUUUCGCCAAUGUUACUGUGAAUGAACUGAUGUUCGUAUGAACAAGAGACUCUGAGGUGCAGAAGAACAUCAGGUUCAGAGAUACACUCCAAUCACUACUCGUCAACAAAGCACUUAUAAUCACUGACUCCACCCCGUGAGAAUGAUAGAGAGAUGACAUUCAUGAAAACAUUGAUCAUAAAUAAAUAAUCUCAUUUACAAAAGACUUUUACAGAUGAACAUUAAUACAUUGAUUUUGUCUCCUAUGCUCCAUUAUUCACACCUCUCAAAGUAUUAUCCUUUUUUUAAAAAAGAAAAAGUUCUACAUUAUAUAUAAUUAUAUACGUUUUCAUACCUGUUUGUGACCGAUUUGCUAUUAUGCAAGUGUCUUUCUUUAUUAUGGCUGGGGAGGGGGGUCUGGUAGAAAUGUUUCGUAUCCGUUUUAUCUGUUUAUAUCUGUUUUAGUGAUGAUUUCUUUUCAUACUCACCGUGUACACGUUUAUCAAGAAACCAUGUAAUUCUUUAAAUCAUGUACUGGAACGAGUUAUUAAAGAAACUAAUGAAAAUGUUAUAAAAA